ACUAUGCAAUGAUAUGCAAACGAAGUUUUGACGUAUGAUAACGAAAUGAUUUGAUAGUGCACUCGUGCAUCAAGUCACAUAUCAAAGACAGUCAGAUAAGAAAAUAACGCAACUAUAAUGUAUAAAACCGAUGGACACUAUUUGAAUGGUCACUAGUUGACUCAAAGCUUGGGCGAAUAUCUUUCUAGCUGCUUCACAACGAGCAUUCCUCAUUGAGGGCUACACUGCGGUCCAGAGAUGGACUACAAGAAAACGUUGUUACUUUGUGCAGCGCUCAUCUCAGCCAUCGAUGGUCGUCUGCUUUGCUACUACUGUGAGGAUUGUGCCUUGUCUGUUGCGACGAUCCAGCCAUGUGCUUUCACUACUCCUGUCCUUAUCACACCGAGUGCUAUAGGCGGUAUUCCAGAAUACCUUCAAAAUUCUCAGCAUCUACCAGAUCCCAUUCUUACUCCUCCCCCGGUGGUUGGCGAGCUAGUUGGCAAUACCAUCAAUCCUCCGUAUUCAGAGAUUGGACAGGGAGAUCCUAUUUUGACGCCACCGUCAAUACCGGCUGCGGCCGUCACGCCUGAGUGGAACUACGGCGGUUUUGAUAGUGGAGCUAACAACGGAGAACUGCUUUUGACUACGAUUUGGCCUGGUAUGACACGUUGGAAGUGGUGGUCAGAGAUUCGAGUUGAUAGACCGGCUAACGCUGAGAGAUUCAAAUGCAUAAUGACAAAACACCUAGUUGGUAAUCGUCAAGUAAUAAGUCGGGGAUGUGCGCUACAAGGACGAAGUACUGAUGAAACGUGUAACAGAACGAGUAAAAGCAAUUAUCAGCAGUGCACACUUUGCAGUUCUUCCCUUUGUAACCACUAAAUCUUA